AUGGACGCCGAUUUAUAUGAUGAAUUUGGCAAUUACGUAGGGCCGGAAUUGGAUUCGGACGACGAAGAGGACGAAGAAAUUCCCUACCCGAGUGAGCAGAAGGCCGAUUCAGAUGUGCGCGACAAGGACGACGAGGAUGAAGAAAAUGAAAACGAGGAAAUGGAGCAAGAACAGAACCAAAUCAUACUUCACGAGGAUAAGAAAUAUUAUGCGACUGCGAUGGAAAUAUAUGGAGAAGAUGUUGAAACAAUAGUGCAUGAAGAAGAUGCGCAACCUUUGACUGAACCUAUUGUUAAACCAAUGAAGCAAAGGAAGUUUCAGGCGAAAGAAUUUGCGCUUCCAGAAACAACUUAUAAUAAAGAGUAUUUAGCCGACAUCAUGGAUUGUCCACAGAUUAUACGAAAUAUUACUAUUGCUGGUCAUCUGCAUCACGGCAAGGCAAUCGAAAAUUGUUUUAUCAUUUUUCAAGUUUCCUCAAUUCAAUUUGCAAAAAUGGGCGGUUCAAAUUUCCGACUUGCAAUUUAUGGAUUCACGCUUUAUCCACUGCUCAUUAUUAGUGAAAUUUUGUUCCAUUCAAUUAUAAGAGAUUCUUUUAAGACAACAUUUAUCGAUUGUUUAAUGGAACAAACUCAUCCUGAAUUUGUUCGUGGUGAAGAUACGGAUACGCGUUAUACAGAUACUCUAUUCAUUGAGCAACAGCGAGGAUGUAGCAUCAAAGCAACACCGAUAACCAUUGUUAUGCAAGAUUCUCGUUCUAAGAGCUUUCUAUUAAACAUUAUGGAUACUCCUGGGCAUGUUAAUUUUUCUGAUGAGAUAACUGCAGCAUUCCGUCUCAGUGAUGGUGUUGUUAUCGUAGUGGAUGCACAUGAAGGGGUUAUGCUUCAAACGGAGCGUGCUAUACGUCAUGCUAUUCAAGAACGAUUACCUGUGACUAUUUGCAUUAACAAAAUAGAUCGACUUAUUCUAGAAUUGAAAUUGCCACCAACUGAUGCUUAUUAUAAGCUUCGAUUCACUAUCGAUCAGAUUAAUAAUCUACUUCAAACAUUCAGUGAAGAUUCCGAAGUUGUAACUAUAUCGCCACUUAACUAUAAUGUCAUUUUCGCAAGUUCGAGAUACAAUAUUUGCUUCUCCAUUCAAAGUUUCGCUCAGUUGUAUGCUGAUCUUUAUGGUAGAAAUUUCGAUGGUUAUGAAUUUUCGCGAAGGCUUUGGGGUGAUUUGUACCUAGACAAAAAAACCCGAAAAUUCGUUAAAAAACCGCCUCAUUCUGGUGCUUCUCGUUCUUUUGUUGAAUUUAUACUGGAACCACUAUAUAAAAUCUUUUCACAGGUGGUAGGUGAUGUUGAUACUUGUUUGCCAACAAUUAUGUCUGAAUUAGGAAUAAAGCUGACAAGGGAAGAGCAGCGGAUGAAUGUACGACCUCUAAUUGCUCUUAUAUGUCGACGUUUUUUCGGUGAUUUCAAUGCAUUUGUGGAUUUGGUAUGUAAAAACAUUAAAUCGCCAGAGGAAAAUGCUAGAAGCAAGGUUGAACAUACUUAUUUAGGGCCAAUGGAUAGUAAAUUGGCACUUGAAAUUAUUAAAUGUAAUGCUGAGGGACCUCUAAUGGUGCAUACUACGAAGAAUUACGCAACAGCGGAUGCUACUUCUUUCCAUGUUUUUGGACGUGUAAUGAGUGGAACACUUUAUGCUGGACAAGAUGUACGAAUUCUUGGUGAAAACUAUAGCAUACAAGAUGAAGAAGACUGUAGAGUGAUGACCGUUGGAAGGCUAUGGGUCAGUAUUGCCAGAUACACCAUUGAAGUUUCCCGUGUACCCGCAGGUAAUUGGGUCCUUAUUGAAGGAGUUGAUCAACCAGUUGUUAAAACCUCUACAAUCACUCAACUUGAUUAUGAUGAAGAUAUGUAUAUCUUUCGCCCUCUUAAAUUUAAUACAAAAUCAGUUGUAAAACUUGCUAUUGAACCUAUAAAUCCAUCCGAGCUACCAAAAAUGCUUGAUGGCCUUAGAAAGGUGAAUAAAUCCUAUCCACUUUUAACAACUCGUGUUGAAGAAUCGGGAGAACAUGUCAUGUUGGGCACUGGAGAAUUAUAUAUGGAUUGCGUUAUGCAUGAUAUGCGUAAAGUGUUUUCGGAGAUUGAUAUAAAAGUUGCAGAUCCUGUUGUCUCAUUUUGUGAAACAGUAGUAGAGACAUCUUCAUUGAAAUGUUUUGCUGAAACGCCGAAUAAAAAAAACAAAUUAACAAUGAUUGCUGGACCACUAGAAAAAGGGCUUGCAGAAGACAUAGAAAACGAAAUUGUUCAAAUUGGUUGGAACAGGAAAAGAUUAGGUGAAUUUUUCCAAACCAAAUACGAUUGGGAUUUGUUAGCUGCUAGAAGCAUUUGGGCUUUCGGCCCCGAUACUACUGGUCCAAACGUAUUGCUUGACGAUACCUUGCCAUCUGAAGUUAAUAAACAACUCCUUAGCACUGUUCGUGAGUCGCUAGUGCAGGGAUUUCAAUGGGCUACUCGAGAAGGGCCGUUAUGCGAAGAACCUAUUCGAAAUGUUAAGUUCAAGAUGCUAGAUGCAGUGAUUGCAAAUGAACCUUUAUAUCGUGGCGGUGGUCAGAUUAUCCCGACAGCUCGUCGAUGUGCUUAUUCUGCCUUUUUGAUGGCUACUCCACGUCUCAUGGAACCGUAUUAUUUCGUUGAGGUUACAGCUCCAGCGGAUUGCGUGAGUUCAGUUUACACAGUUUUGGCAAAACGCCGUGGUCAUGUUACUACAGAUGCUCCAAUUCCUGGAUCUCCUUUAUAUACUAUCAAAGCUUACAUCCCAGUUAUCGAUUCUUUUGGAUUUGAAACAGAUUUGAGGACUCAUACUCAAGGACAGGCUUUUUGCCUUUCCGUUUUCAGUCAUUGGCAGAUUGUACCUGGUGAUCCACUUGAUAAAGGCAUCGUUAUACGGCCACUCGAGAUGCAACCGGCGCCUCAUCUAGCUAGAGAAUUUAUGGUCAAAACGCGCCGAAGGAAAGGCCUUAGCGAAGACGUAUCUGUCAACAAAUUCUUUGAUGACCCCAUGCUUCUGGAACUCGCGAAGCAGCAAGAUGUUUUCAGCUAUUCUAAUUUUUAA